UGCCCACAUUUUUCCCUCAAAAAAUGGAAUUUAAGUGUAGAAACGCUCCGGAGAAGGGAGGGCAAAGGAAGAAGGAACGAUGGCGAACAAGUUGAUCAGUGAGAUGGGUCUCCCCACAUCAAUAGCCAACAUCUUCGCUGCUCGCAACAUCACUACUGCCAAGGAAGCAUUAUCUCUAACCGAAUUCGAAUUGAUGGAGUUAUUGGAUGUGGGUAUGGCGCGAGUAACAUCUGCAGUGGCACACAUCAGCGAAAUCGUCUCGCCACCGACGCAAACUGCCCUGUCACUGAUGGAGCAGAGGGUUCAGAAUGAGUAUAUGGCUGGCCAUCUUCCCACACGCCUCAAAGGGUUGGACGAGGCUUUAGGGGGUGGAAUCCCAUUUGGUGUUCUUACUGAGUUGGUUGGUCCUCCCGGAAUUGGCAAAACCCAAUUUUGCCUUAAACUCUCAUUAUUGGCUUCUCUGCCUGCAAGUUAUGGAGGCUUAGAUGGCCGUGUAAUAUAUAUUGAUGCCGAAUCCAAGUUUAGUUCAAGAAGGAUGAUAGAAAUUGGAUCAAAGAGUUUCCCAGAAAUAUUCCAUGUGGAAGGAAUGGCAAAGGAGAUGGCCGGGAGGAUCCUAGUUUUGAGGCCAACAUCACUGUCUGAAUUUACUGAGAGCUUACAGCACAUUAAGAUUUCACUUCUCCAAAAUCAUGUGAAGUUGCUUGUGAUUGAUAGCAUGGCUGCUCUUGUUACAGGGGAAUAUGACCAGGGGCCUACCAGACAACAUUCAUUGGGUUGGCAUAUUUCUUUUAUUAAGUCAGUUGCAGAAUUUUCACGAAUUCCUAUUGUAGUGACAAACCAGGUGAGGUCUCAAAGCCAUGACGGAACCUCGCAAUAUUCCUUCCAAGUGGAGAGCAGGGGUGAAACUGUAGAUGACCACACGAGAUUUGAUUCUCAUCUUGUUGCUGCUUUGGGGAUUCAUUGGGCUCAUGCUGUAACCAUUCGUCUUGUGCUUGAGGCUAAAGCAGGUCAGAGGUUUCUGAAAGUGGCAAAAUCUCCAAUAUCUCCACCUCUGGCAUUCCCUUUCAACAUAACUCCAUCAGGGAUCUCCUUGCUAAAUGAUGAGGGAAUAGAAAUGAAAGGACCACAGAUAAGCACAAUUCACUAUCAAGGCCACGAGGACAUCAUCAACUUUGACAGUGAAAGGUUGCAGUGAUCAAUCAGGACGCAAGCUGCAUCAAUCAAUAUGUAGAUGCAAUGGAUUCAUGCAGACCAGCAGACAAGGAACACAUAAUUUAAGGUAAUGACUUACACCUAAAAGAUAUAAUCAUACCUGCUAUUUGUUCUAUUAUCAUGAAUCUCCAGUAAGGAGUAGAGAAGUGGCAACAUUGAGUUUCCAUAAAUAGUCAGCAUUCGGCUGUACCCUGUCAAGGUGUCUAGCCGGUUAAGGCAAAUGCUAGGAUAUCUGUGGUAGAGGUGUAUGAUCCUAGGUUUGAUUUCUGUUGUUUGUUGAACCAGUGCUGGUUGUGACAGGCACUAUCAGUACCCAGAGAUUUUGGGUCCCUAUGGAGCGUCCAAGGGGCUCGGCCAUAGGAAGUUUCUUGGUUAUUUAAAAAGAAAAAAGGCUGCAAUAUCCCCAUGAAAGUCCAAAGGGCUUGGUCAUGGGAGGUUCAUCGACGAAAAAAAAAAAAA